AUGAAUAGUGAUAAAUUCAAGGUUUUAAAAUUUGGUCAUAUAAACUGCAGAUCAGUUUUAUCAGGAUUUCAUGAAUUUAGUACACUGGUUCAAAAGAACAACCUUGAUAUUGUUGGAAUAUCGGAAACGUGGCUAUCAAAAGAUAUAUCUAAUGACCAUAUAAGAAUGAAUGGAUACAACUGCUAUCGCUGUGAUAGAGAUGGGCGAGGUGGUGGGGUUGCAGUCUUUGUAAACAACCACUACAACUCUUCCAUAAUUUCAUUUGGGCAAGGUCUUGAAUAUAUAUGGUUGAAGGUGCAGCUUCCAAAACAAAAAGUUGCUAUUGGUAUAUUCUAUCGGCCCCCACAUAGCUCUGUUACAGAAGCCGGUAAUACCUUUGAUAACAUGUUGCCUGCCAUAUUAGCUGAAUAUGAUGAUAUCAUCCUUGCAGGGGAUAUUAAUGUUAAUUUGCUUUCAGUUUGUAACAAGUUGACUACAGUAUAUUCAGAUAACAGAUAG